AUGAGCGUUCAACGCCACGUGAUUGCCGUGACCUGCGGAGGGUCUGCGAUCGCCAUCGCGGCAGCUCUCUGCAUCACCGUGUCUCUGUUAGCUGAGAUCAACUCAUUCUAUGACGAAGUGAUUACGGAUAUGGGCGAGUUCAAGGGUUACGCCGAUGACGCAUGGACGCAGAUGCUAAAAACAACCGGAGGCGAUCGUAGCUCAGUGUUGUUGGCUAGAACUCGUCGACAGGCCUAUCAAGAGGCACCGACGGGAGGUGGUGACAAUCAGUGUAAUUGCGCUCAGCAAUCAACCCACUGCGCGGCAGGACCUCCAGGACCACCAGGAAAGCCAGGAGAGCCUGGAUUGGAUGGCGAGGACGGUGUGCCAGGAAAGUCUGGAUUAGGUGGAAUGGCCGUGGAAGCUCAUCACAUGAUGGGAGGAUGUAUCAAGUGUCCAGCGGGCCCGCCAGGACCACCAGGACCGGAAGGAGCUCCUGGACCAGCAGGUCCAAGUGGAAAUCCGGGAUCCGACGGUAGUGCUGGCGGAGCGGGAGAGCCUGGACCAGCUGGACCGGCCGGACCUUCAGGACCAGAUGGCCAUCCUGGUUCUCCUGGAAGUCCUGGACAGGAUGGUGCUCCUGGAACCAGAACAUCGAAUCUUCCUGGACCCCAAGGACCACCUGGUCCACCGGGAGCACCUGGUCAUCCUGGAGAGGGCCUAAAUAUACCCUUUCAGGACGGAAGCAGUAGUGUCGGAGCCCCAGGACCUGCGGGACCAGCUGGACCACCUGGAGGUUCUGGUACAGCUGGUACGCCUGGAGGUGUUGGUACGGCAGGAGCCAACGGUGCACCUGGUCAUGAUGCUGCAUACUGCCCAUGCCCACCUCGUAGUAUGCUAUCUGGUGGCGGAGCUCCCCUCGCUAGAGAAGAGAAAACCGAAAGCAAAGCGGCGCCAGCGCCAGCUACUGGUAAUGAAGAGAAA